UUUCCUCUUUCCGUUUGUGAUGGAGAAGACGUGUCUGUGAGGCUGAUGAUGUGGGCCUGUAGAUAUUGGUGUUAAAUCCUCCUCCAGAGAAACACAGAGGUCCUCAUUUCAGAUGGUGUGUUUCUGUUGUGUCGACUCUGCACCCGAUCCUCAGCAUUCCUGAACUAAAGCUGACCUGAUUUCAGUUUGGUCGCUCUGCACCGAGGGACUGUCGGCAGCUAGCAGCUCAGAGUUGCCAUGGCGAUGACCCCCCAUACUGCCGAGGUUGCCCGUCUCUACCAGACCGAGUUUGUCCGCAGUGCCCGGGCAGUGGGCAUGCUCUGGGCCGUGUGCUCCCUGUGCUUCGCCAUCAUCGAGGUGGUCAUCCUGGUGCAGCCCUCCUGGGUGGGCACCAGGAACAUUCAGUACCAGGGAAGAGGACCUGUGCCCAAGACCGGAACGCUCGGACUGUUUGAGGUGUGUGUGGAGUCUGACCGGCUGGUCCCUGAGUGCCGUGGUUCUCUGAGCACCUUGACCCCCCUGCCAGCGUUCCACUCUCCGGCCGUGCUGGUCUGCAUGUCUCUGACCAUGGUCUGGGCCAGUGUUGGAUGCCUCUGCCUUUUCCGCUUCUGCAACGCGGCCACUGUCUAUAAGAUCUGUGCCUGGCUGCAGCUCACUGCAGGUUUCUGCCUGGUGCUAGCUUGUAUGUUGUUCCCUGAUUCGUGGGACUGUGCGGACAUGCGGGACCUGUGUGGGGAGAGAGUGACCAGUUUCUCCCCGGGGAACUGCUCUAUCCACUGGGCCUUCGUCCUGGCCUUGCUGGGGGUCCUGGACGCUGCCAUCUUGGCCACUCUGGCCUUUGUGCUGGGCAACCGACAGGACGCUUUGCUCCCAGAGGACACCAAAGACGUGACUGGGUUUCUGCUGUCUGCAUAACCUGCAUUGUGAGUUGAUCAAACCGCUCAAUAAACUAGAAGAAACCCACUGACUACUCCCCCUAAAAAAUGACAUCAUCACCAUCCAUAUCCUGGUUAGAUGACCCUGCAUGGAAACGGUCACCUGGCAACCGUAGCCCUGCUGCUGUGUUCUACUCCCUGAAAUGGAGGACAAAAAAAAUCCUUAAAGCUACAGAGAGGUUUAGGGAGCAGGGAAAAUGGUGACUCACAGUGUCAAAUAGAAAACUAGUGCCAUUGACUUUUUGCUGUAUGGUCACUUUAUUGGCUAGCGUUAAUUAAUUUAGUGUCGAUAAGAUGAUAUUAUACAUGAGAUAGAGAUAUUUCUAGAUAUCUACAACCAUGUUUCAACGUUCAGUGUUUGAAAGCAUGUUAAUUGUAGCCUUGGAGGAAUCCAGUAGGUGAUAUUAUUGAAUUUAAGAAUGAUUGUCCAUUCCAAUAUGACUGAAUUCCAACUGAUGGUACUUAACUAUGGGAUGUUGAAAAAGGGGGUUAGUCUUAAAAACAUUCCAUUAACUUUGUAGAAUGCUAUAUCCUUGUUCUAAUCAUUAUAGAUAUUUAUUUUUGGUAAUGUUCAUAUUCAGCCUGAUAAUGAGUCAUUUGUCAGAUGAUAUUAUUGUGCAUGUUUGUUUAAAGAUGCAGUCUGGGACUUUAACAAAUGACCAACAGUUGUUUUAAACCUCCCAUUUCGGGCUGGCUGUGUAAUGUGCAUCAUUAAUAAGUAGAAUCACUAGGCCUAUCAUACCUCAGAUAGCUAUGAAAUUCCCAGUUUGAAAGUGAGUGGGUUUGAUGGUAUGUGGUACAUAUCAAAUAAAUAACAGCACACAAUUUUCGGGGACCCGUUUUGGCUCGACGGCGUCACUUACACAACCAGUGGACAAAUAAUCUCUGAAUGCAUCUUUAAUGUCUUCAAAUAUUCUUGUUUACAGUAAAUAGGUAAUAAUACUGUAUUUAUUUUUGUAUAACGAAUUCGCUGUACUGUCACAAAAUUUAAAUAUAUGUACUGGUUAAAAAACUGUAGGCUGAUCAAUCAUGUUUUCACAUAGAAUUUUAUUACUGUGAUCCACGUUUGCGAUAAAAUAUAGUAGGACAGAUAUGUAUUUUUGUACAAGAUUUUUAAACGGCAUAAAUUGGCAAAGCCACAACAAUAAUCGGAAUCACACUUUAUAUCCACAGCCAUGUACGUCACAAGAAAAACGAACACAAAAGAACGUGAGGGAGGGAUUGCUGUAAAUUGCACAUCCAGUAUACAGGUGUUUUGCAUCACAAUAACUCGUGUGUUCAAAGCCACCGGCAAAGCUGCAGGAAAGGAGAACCAUGUAAUUAGAAUCGUCAAAUUUCGAAAGCAAGGUAGCGGAAGCCAGGGUUAUGUUUUAUACAUUAACCAUGGAUACGUUAACGACCCCGUAGCCAUGGCAGCGCAAUAAUGGGAUGUCAGCUGCAGGACAAAGUAUCAAUACUAAUAAUUUAGUCUUUCUAUCGACAACUGGAGAGUACAGAGAGCCCUCUUGCAGGCAGAUGACUGUAAAUAAAUAGCAUCUUAAUUUGAAGUACUAAAUGCAGCAGGAACAGUAAAUGUGAAUUACUCUGAGGAUCUUACUGAAGGAACAUAUGUUUCUCUGUAAGGGAAAUUCAAGUCUGACAUUUUAAAAUGGAAAUUACCAACUUCCAAAGCCGUUUUAAGCAUCAAAUACACUAUGAAUUAUCCUUAAACAUGGUGAUCAAGUUAAAACCCUACAUCUGUAUCAUGGUGUUCACGACUGACCAGUUGUUUAAGUAGAUAACGGUUAUUUGGUCCUGCAUGACCAUUGUGCUUACCUGUUUGUGACAUAACCAGAGAUGUUCAACGUGUAGUCAUAUACAUGCUACGUGUUUACUACUGUUAACUUAAAAUCUAGAAGUUACUGUAACUCAGCAUACAAUCUAGCGAUGAAUAGUAGCUACUUCUCGCUCUGUUUACCAAAUAAAGACUAUACCUACUGAUAA